GGGUGGUUCCCUGGUUAGCACUGUCGCCUCACAGCAAGACGGUUCCAGGUUCGAACCCCACUCUGGACUCCUCCGUGCGGAGUCUGCAUGUUCUCCCCGUGCCUGCGUGGGCUUCCUCCGGCUUCCUCCGAAACACAUACACAUUAGAUUAGCUGGCUACUCUGAACUGCCCGUAGGUGCAUCGCGACUGUGAAGCAACACUAACAUACUUUUUGUAUACCUGUGUAAAUUCCCUGUAUCCCCCGGGCUCCCGUACAGGUGUAGUCUUUGUAUCAGCUGAAGCUCCUGUUUGUCACGUGAGAGUUAGCCCAGAAGCUAACAGCUAACGGCAGCUCCAGACCAAAGGAGACGAAGAAGAAGAAGCAGGAACCAUGGACGAGCGCCGGUUCAUACUGGGACAGCGACGCGGCAUCACCGGACCACGAUAACAUCUGUCCGCGGCGGCGGCGGCGACUCCCCUCCUCCUCCUCCUCCUCUCGCACCCCCCUCACUGUCUGUUCCCUGUGUACGUUCCGUGCGCAGCCACUCGGUUAUCUCCGCGACUUUUGCCCUUUUUAUCCCGCUGUGGCUCAUGCUAACCGGUUAGCCCGUUAGCUGACUAGCCGUUAAAAGGCAGCGCCGCUCACCGUGGCUAAGUGACGGACCGACCGACUACACUGGGCGGACAACAGCGGGAUGUGCCAUGGCAUCGGUUCGGGUGGCUGUGCGGGUCAGGCCCAUGAACAGACGGGAGAAGGACUUGACUGCAAAAUGCAUCAUCAAGAUGGAAGGAACCAAAACCACCAUCACCAACCUGAAGAUCCCUGAUGGCGUUGCAGGAGAUGUGAUGAGGGAUCGAACCAAAACCUUCACGUAUGACUUCUCCUAUGACUCCACGGACGGUAAAAGCUCCGCGUUUGUCUCUCAGGAAAAGGUUUUCAAAGAUUUGGGCUCCGACGUGCUGAAAGCAGCGUUUGAGGGCUACAACGCCUGCGUCUUCGCCUACGGUCAGACCGGCUCGGGGAAGUCCUACACCAUGAUGGGAAACCCAGGAGAUGCAGGUCUGAUCCCGAGGAUCUGUGAAGGUUUGUUCAGCCGUAUCUCUGAGGCGACUCGAUGGGAUGAAGCUUCAUUCCGUACAGAAGUCAGCUACCUGGAGAUCUACAACGAGAGGGUGAGGGACCUGCUGAGGAGGAAAUCCAAUCAGACCUACAACCUGAGAGUCAGGGAGCAUCCAAAGGACGGACCAUACGUAGAAGAUCUGUCCAAACACCUGGUGCAGAACUACAGUGACGUCGAGGAGCUGAUGGAAGCCGGAAACAUCAACCGCACCACCGCCAGCACCGGCAUGAACGACGUCAGCAGCCGCUCACACGCCAUCUUCACCAUCAACUUCACACAGGCAAAGUUCGAUGCAGAGAUGCCCAGUGAAACGGUCAGUAAGAUCCACCUGGUGGAUCUGGCCGGCAGCGAGCGCGCCGACGCCACCGGAGCCACCGGCGUCCGACUGAAAGAAGGAGGAAACAUCAACAAGUCACUGGUUACCCUGGGCAACGUCAUCUCUGCUCUCGCCGACAUGACGCAGGACGGAGUGAACACCAACCUGAAGAAGAAGUCGCUGUUUGUUCCCUACAGAGACUCUGUGCUAACGUGGCUGCUGAAGGACAGCCUGGGCGGCAACGCCAAGACCAUCAUGAUCGCCACCAUUUCCCCUGCUGACGUGAACUACGGCGAGACCCUUAGCACUCUGCGCUACGCUAACCGAGCCAAGAACAUCAUCAACAAGCCAACCAUCAACGAGGACGCCAACGUCAGGCUGAUCAGAGAACUGCGGGCUGAAAUCGCUCGGCUAAAGGCUCUGCUGGUUCAGGGCAACCAGAUUGCUCUCCUGGAUUCGCCCACUGCUCUGAGUAUGGAGGAGAAACUGCACCAAAACGAAGCCAGGGUCCUGGAGCUGACGAAAGAGUGGACCAACAAAUGGAACGAGACCCAGAACAUCCUGAAGGAGGAGACGCUGGCUCUGAGGAAGGAGGGGAUCGGCGUGGUGCUGGACUCUGAGCUGCCUCACCUCAUCGGCAUCGACGACGACCUCCUGAGCACCGGCAUCAUCCUGUACCACCUGAAGGAGGGACGGACAUAUGUGGGCAGAGAGGACGCGUCCAGAGAGCAGGACAUCAUCCUGCACGGUCUGGACCUGGAGAGUGAACACUGUAUGUUUGAGAACCAGAACGGCACGGUGACUCUGGUGCCGCUCGGCGGAGCUCAGUGUUCGGUUAACGGAGUCCAGGUGACAGAGCCGUCACCGCUCAACCAAGGUGCCGUGAUUCUGCUCGGUCGGACGAACAUGUUUCGGUUCAACCAUCCGAAGGAGGCGGCGAAGCUGAGAGAGAAGCGGAAGAGUGGUCUGCUGUCCACGUUCAGUCUGUCCAUGACGGAUCUGUCCAAGUCCUGUGAAAACCUGUCCACUGUGAUGCUCUACAACCCCGGUCUCUUCACUGAGAAGGGCCCCGUCUUCCUCAGGUUGGAGUUUGAGAGGCAGCAGCGAGAGGAGCUGGAGAAACUGGAAAUGAAAAGGAGGCUGAUCAAAGAGAUGGAGACGAAGCAGCAGAGUGAGAAGGCAGAGCUGGAGCGGCUGCAGCAGGAGGUGGAGAGUCAGCGCAAAGAGUCUGAGGAGGUGCAGCAGCGAAUACUCCGUCAGGAGGAGAGCCUUCGCCGCCGCAGCCAGGACAUCGAGAGCCGCCUGCGUGACUUCCUGGCUGAGAAGGAGCGCUUUGAGGAGGAGAGGCGCUCAGAGAUCCAGGGGGAGGAGCUUCAGCACCGGCAGCGGCGGAGACGGCAGCAGGAGGGUGAAGCAGAGAAGGAGCAAGAUGAAGAGCGGCGUUGGCAGCAGGAGGCUGCAGAGCAGACCGAGAUCUACCGCGAGCUGGAGAGGCUGAAGAGGGAGCGCGAGGAGCAGAGGGUUCGUCUGGAGGCUGAGCGUCGGCGGCUGGAGGAGCAGGAGCGCGAGCAGCUGAGCCUGGUGGGGAGGCUGGAGGAGCAGCUGAGGGAGAAACACGAGGCGGCUACCGCGCUGCUGACCCGGGAGGACGCCCGCCGUCUGGAGGAGGAGCGCCGAGCUCUGGCCGAGAUCAGAGGAGCGUUCCUCCGGGCCAAAGAAGCUGGAGAGCGGCCUGAUGUGGAGGAUGCCGGCGAGGAGGUGCGAUCUGCCCAGGCUCGAUACACAGACUUCAAGGUGGCUCAGGUGAAGGAGCUGAGCCAGCUGGAGGAGGGGCUGCGGCAGCAGAGGGAGCGCCUGGAGAAGGAGGUUUCUGCUGAGCGUAGCACGGUUCUGCUUCUCGCCCACGGCCUCAAAGAAAGACAACAGCAGCUGAAAGAGAUGCAGGAGAAAGGAGCGCAGGAUGCUACAGCUGUGUGCCAGGAGGAGCAGCUGGUCAGACAGGCGGAGCACAGGCUGCAGUUUAAGGAGCGGCAGCUGACCAGCCUGGCCGACGGCCUCCUCCCAGCGCUGGCCGAGGAGAAGCAGCGAGCCGUGGAGAUGUUGGAGCGCAGCGGCGGAGGCAGCAACGGGAACUGCGACAGUCCACCGGGACUGGACAACACGCUGUAUCAGGUGGAGAAGGAGCUGGAGGACAAGGAGGAGAAACUGAACCUCCACUGGCACAGUGCUCAGCAGCUCCAGCAGCUUCAGGAGACCUAUGAGUUCACAGCCAACGUGGCCCGGCAGGAGGAGAAGGUGAGGAGGAAGGAGAAGGAGAUCCUGGAGUCAAAGGACAAGCAGCAGAGGGAGGCGAUGGAGCAGGCGGUGGCCCGGCUGGAGAGGAGGCACUCGGCCCUGAGGCGCAGCGUCUCCCUGGAGCCUGACGCUGAGGAGCAGAGACAUAAGAGCUCGGUCCAGAGGAACCUGAGGGGGUCGGACCUGAACCAGCAGAGAGUGGAGCAGGAGAUCCAGAAGCUCCGGCAGAGGAUCAGCGAAGGGGAAGAAAACGACAGGACUCACUCCAUCAGCAACGACGAGAAAACGAGUCAUAACAGCUCUCCGGUCAGCCACAUCCAGAGUCUGAACACGCUGCUGCCGCUGUCCGACGACAGGAUCAACGCGUACAUCGAGGAGGAAGUCCAGCGAAGGUUACGCAAGAUGAACCUCGUGAAUGGCAGCAGCAGCAUGGAUCUGUCUCUGUCCUGUGAAUCUCUCAGGGAGGAGGAGGAAGUUAGAUUGACAGAUGAGGAUGAAGAAAAGCUGCAAAACACGAAUCCAAGGAGGCUUAAAUAUGAGAGAGCCAGUGGGCUGUGGUCUGGCUUCCUGCCUGCAGUGGAGCUUCAGGCAAAUUCUGCUCCAAAGGUCGAGGAAAACACAUCAGAAGAACCUGAAAACGUCCUUGUAAAGCUUCACAGAGAAGAAAAGCUGGUGUCCACAGCUGAAGUCUGGAUUGCAAAAGAAGUGCCGUACGAAGACGGAGCACUGAGCGGUCCUCCGGGAGACGUGGGCGCGUCAUUUUGUGUCAGCUCAGCGAACAUCAAGAUCAGAUUUGACGAAAACGAGAAUAUCACUGAUAAAAGGCGAAGCGGUUCUGUCGGCCGUUCUCCUGAUGAUGUGAAAAACGCUGAAGACGCUGAAGUGAAGGGUUGUCUUGUGAACGGAGGCUCUUAUUCUUACGCCAAUAGAAAAGUCAAACACCAAACAUGUGACCCAGGGUUAGAAGAGCUGUCAGCUGAUCAGCUGUCAGAGUCACAGAACUCUGCCAAGCAGAACUCAAAGGACUCUGUUAAUGGUCACAUAAAACGGGAGGCGGGCGCAGAAGCCGAGGAAGCAGCUGCUAACAGGAGCUACGCUCUGGGGUAUUUUGCUGGAAAACUGUCCAAAGUGUACAAAGAUGCUGGCAGAAGGCUACAGGGCACACGGGACAUAAUUCGAAACGUUGGAGUAGGUGAAGUGAAGAUUGUACUGUCUCACUACGUGAGCAUGAUGUCCAAGGAGCUGCCACUAAUUCAUCGGAUGCAGCCGAAACCGCAGCCAGAACCCUGCGCGCCUGCAGAAAACAAAGUCUGUUUGGUCGAUCUGUCGAGGGAUGUUCCUCAGAACAUCAGCAGGUCAGCGAUCCCAGGUGUGUCCCGAUGGCCCGUGGGAUCCGUGUCUUCUUUUAAAAACACGAGUCCUCAGGUGUUUUAUCAGAGGAUGGUUGAUCUGCCACCAGCUUUGUCUCGGCUACAGACGCUUUCACCCCCUGUGAUGCUGGAAAAGUUAGGGUCUCUGUCUCCUCCAAUGCAAGCUGCCAAGCCUCUGAGUGUCUUCUGGCUCAAAACGGCCAGCAGUAAGCAACCCGUCCCAAAACCUGCGUGCUUGCUUUUGUCAGACAAGGACAUAACAGUUGUCUCAGCUGCCACAGAUUCUGGGGACACCCUGACUCUUUUUCACAAUUUUAAUCUCCUUGAAAUCAAAAAUGUCCAGAUUAGUUUGGCAGGGCAGCAUGUCCGCCUCAUUGGGUGCACCGAAGACGCUGUCUUAGCCGUCUUCACCCACAGCAAAGAGCUUACCCAGGAGUUCUGUAAGGCUUUACUGAAGGCUGUUGGUCCUCAAAGGUUCUCUGAGGGGACUGAAAGUCACCCGUUACUCUCUGAUGACCUCAUGGUCCUCUCUCUGGACUGGACGUCAGACAUUCCUGACAUCGUUCUGGACAGCGGCCUUCACGUUACCUCCAGAUUCAAGCGGGUCCUCGCAGACCUGCUCUACAUCGUCCACGGGAACAUGGAAGGUCCUGGCAAACCUUCCCUGGCUGAUGUUUGUCCUCUGCUCUACACCAGUGUCAAGGUCAAGAACUCCACCCGAGAGCAUCAGGACGCCGUCUUCCAGUUCCUCCUGACGGACACUCACGUAGCUCUGCUUCGGGAGGACGGCGUCUUUCACCCGGUGCCGCGGGGCUCCAGUCUGGUCCCCGUCCAGCCCCAGUUUCAGGGACUCGAACUCCGCAAGCGAUCGGACAUCAGAUGCCUGCUCGUGAGGCAGAAUGACAACUGCCUGGUGGUAGAUGUCGUGUUUACGACUCAGGAACCACAGACUCACGAGAAGAAGGCGGAGUCAAGGCCCGGCUCCGUCGAAGCGACCUCCACCUCUGCCGACAAUCAUCGGUGCGAUUCCUGGAAAUUAUCCUUCGGUUGUUCCUCAGAAGCUGCGAUCCUGAUUAAUCAUCUGUGCACCUGAGUGACACCUAAAGGCAGAAGUUACCUGAGCUCAUGGUGGGAUGCAGCGUGUUCACCUGUGUCCAGAAGUGUUUCGUUUCCCUUCCUCUGUAAAAGAAAUGAUCAGAUUUCAGGACGUGUUGAAUGAGCCGUGAUUCAUCAUCGGACUCAUCAGGAAACGCUUUUUAAAUAUUUAAAACUUUUUUUAAACUUUCCGGUUUAUGUCAGAGUGUGAUUUGGCCUCGAGGCGACAGAGUCCAGGUGUAAUGACAGGAAACUAAGAUAAAUAAGAUUUUGUUUGUAUUUAUGAACGUUAAAAGUCGUUUGGCUUUGUUUACUCUUUUUAUUCGUGUUGAUGAUUCUUGGUAAUUCAUCACUUCACAGUUUCUCAGCCGCAUUUUUCAGGAAAAUGAUUUUGAUCUGAUUAAUAAGGAAUAAUGUUUAAUUAAUGUGCCUUAGAAUUUUAUAUGUUGUUAAUGUGUAAACAGAAUAAUAAAGAUUGAACUUUGAAUGUCUCUGGUUCUGUUGUGAAAAUCCUUCUCGAUGCUAAAAUCCAGUUCAGAAAUGAAUUCACCACAAUCACUGUCAUUUUUUCUGAGUCAGCGUUUUACUCUUCACCUCUCUCUCC